AUGAGCACUGACCGAGGUGCUGAAGGACAGUCCGAGGCAUUCUGCUACCAGGUGAAUGGGUCUUGUCCCAGGACUAUCCAUCCUCCGGGCAUCCAGUUGGCCAUCUACCUGGCCUGUGCAAUAGGCAUGCUGGUCACGGUGCUAGGGAAUCUGUUUGUGGUGUUUGCUGUGUCCUACUUCAAAGCACUUCACACUCCCACCAACUUUUUGCUGCUGUCCCUGGCCCUGGCCGACAUGUUUCUGGGUCUGCUGGUGCUGCCUCUCAGCACUGUUCGCUCCGUGGAGAGCUGCUGGUUCUUCGGGGACUUCCUCUGCCGCCUGCAUACCUAUUUGGACACCCUCUUCUGCCUCACCUCCAUCUUCCACCUGUGCUUCAUUUCCAUUGACCGCCAUUGUGCCAUCUGUGACCCCCUACUUUACCCUACCAAGUUCACUGUCAGGGUGGCCUUCAGGUACAUCCUGGCAGGGUGGGGGGUGCCAGCAGCUUAUACUGCCAUCCUCCUCUACACGGACGUGGUAGAGAAAGGGCUCAGUCAGUGGCUUGAAGAGAUGCCAUGUGUGGGUAGUUGCCAACUGCUGUUUAAUAAGUUCUGGGGCUGGUUAAACUUCCCUGUGUUCUUUUUCCCCUGUCUCAUCAUGAUCAGCUUGUACGUGAAGAUCUUUGUGGUUGCUACCAGGCAGGCUCAACAGAUCAACGCCAUGAGCAAGAGCCUGGCUGGGGCUGCCAAGCGGGAGAGAAAAGCUGCCAAGACCCUGGGCAUCGCUGUGGGCAUUUACCUCCUGUGCUGGCUACCCUUCACCAUAGACACGCUGGUUGACAGCUUACUUAAUUUCAUCACUCCCCCGCUGGUCUUUGACAUUUUUAUCUGGUUUGCUUACUUCAACUCAGCCUGCAACCCCAUCAUUUAUGUCUUUUCCUACCGGUGGUUCCGGAAGGCACUAAAGCUCAUUUGCAGUCGGGAGAUCUUCUCACCUCGAACACCUACUGUUGAUUUGUACCAAGAGUGA